CCUCAGACAUGGAGAGGAUGAUGUCUUCACGUCUGCAGCAACACAGGAAGUCUCAGUUUCUAGGAAACGAGAAACUCUUUUCCCAAAAGAGCUGCAACUUCUCACCGUACAACCUGCAGCCUUCCAGCAAGAGCCAGGGGAUUGCAAGCCGUCUGCUGGGCCCUUCCUUCGAGGCGUCUUGCCUGCCGGAGCUGACCCGUUACGACUGUGAGGUGAACGUCCCUCUGCAGGGGAACCUGUACCUGCUGCAGGGCUGCGACCUGCUGAGAGCCCUGGACCAAUCAGCCUAGAGAUUAAACAACAUAGACUUAAAGCCUUCUGAGGCUAAGCUACCUACAGGGGACGGUAUUCAUUACCCUGACUCAUUAUAGGGCUCAAUCUGUCCCUCUAUAGUCCUGCAAACAUCUUAAACGAGCUGAGCUAUCAGGGUCAAGCCACUUAAAGCCCCUUUUUCCUCUCGACUUAAAUCAGAUGA